AUGAGUGAAAAUGAGGGGGACUUCCAGACAGAUGGCCCAGAGGCAGCCCAACCCUGUGCGGCCAUUCCGGACUUUUUCAGGAGGGAAGCUUCACCUCCAGGCUGCGCCCAUGAAGCGUCCCACCCGAAGCCAAACCUCGGCUUCCCCGAGACGGGACUGGAGAAGACCCCUGGCUGCGCCUUCCGGAAGCGCAAAGAGCCGGCGGUGCCCCAGCGAGCGCUGCUGGGGGAGAAGCCUCACAUCUGCGUCGAGUGCGGGCAGAGCUUUAACCGCGGCUCCGACCUGAGCCGCCACCGGCGCAGUCACAGCGGGGAGAAGCCGCACGCCUGCGCCGACUGCGGCAAAGGCUUCGGCCGCCGUUCCCACCUGCUCCAGCACCGCCGCCUUCACACGGGCGAGCAGCCCUACCGCUGCGAGGAGUGCGGGAAGGGCUUCAGCCAGAGCACACACCUGCUGCAGCACCGGCGCAACCACACCGGCGAGAGGCCGUACGUCUGCACCAAGUGCGGCAGGAACUUCUACCAGAACUCGGGGCUGCUGCGCCACGCCAGCUUCCACACGGGGGAGAAGCCCUACCGGUGCCCUCAGUGCGGGAAGCGCUUCGGCGACAGCUCCAACCUAGUGGCCCACCGGCGACUCCACACGGGGGAGAAGCCCUACAAGUGCGCCGACUGCCACAAGUGCUUCAGCGAGAGCUCCAAGCUGGUCAUCCACCGGCGCGUCCACACAGGGGAGAAGCCAUACCUGUGCCCCGACUGUGGCAAGAGCUUCAGCCAGCGCUCGCACCUGGUCCAGCACGGGCGCACCCACAGCGGGGAGAAGCCCUACAAGUGCGCUGAGUGUGGCACCUGCUUCGGCGACAACUCUACCCUCAUCCGGCAUCGUCGCACCCAUACUGGGGAGAAGCCUUUCAAGUGCUCCCACUGUGGGAAGAGCUUUAGUCGCAACUCCUACUUGGUGUCGCACCAGCGGGUGCAUGUGUGGUAG